CCGAGCAGGCACACCUGCACCUGCUUGUCACGGGCUGAGCAGCCACACCUGCGCCCCAUCAAGCGGGGAACUUACCUUCAUCCUCGAGUCGUGUCCUUCUUCACCCUGCCACACUGUUGGAGAAUGCGGGCAGGACAGUGAAGAGGACACCGAUGACCCCUCCCCACAUGGUGGCGCUCCUCCCCCGACGAUGGAAGAGCUGUUGAAGAACCUCACCGAGGUAAGCAUCCGCCAGCAGCAAAUAAUGGAGCAUGUGGCCUCCCGGCAAGGGGAAACCAAACGUGAGCUGGCCACACAGUAUUACCCAGGAUGACAGUGCAUGAUGACGUAAUGAUGUAUCUCCAGAUCUCUGAGACCCUGGUCACGCAGGAGGUGUGGCCCAAGGAGGAAUGGGCAUGAAUCGUCGGCUCAAGCCGCUAGCCUCUCCCGUUUGGCCCAACACUGGUUGCUGGCUGGGGAUCCCACCAUACACCAGGUAGCAGACCGCAUUGUGGUCGAUCACCUCCUGCUGGCCUUCCCCGCCCGCUUCGUCAGGCAGCCGGUAUGCAAAACCUGACCAACAUGGACAAACUGGUGGAGGCCAUAGAGCUGGCGGAGGCCACCCAACACCGGGAGGUAGGGCAGAGAGUGCCGCCAUUUCCCCGAAAGGUGGUCCAGGAGCAACGCAUGCCGGAGGGCACCCAGCGACCGGUGAGCAGGCCGGUGGUUCCCGGCCCUCAAGAUGAACCCAUGCCCACUGAAGCACCCCGCUCUCUGGGACAACCUUGGCUGGCAGGCUGCACAGAGAAUGUGCUGUGGGCAGAGGUGAAAGUAAACGGCCGCCUGUUCCUGGCCCUUCUGGACUCUGGCAUUGCCCCGCCAGCCAAAGCCAAAACAAAGCUGCCCAUCACCUGUGUGCACGGAGACACCCGAGAAGUGCCUGGUACCCACAGCCACCUGCAAGUUCCUAUCCACCUGGCAGGGGCCGUACACCAUCACCAAAAAGGUCGGCCCCCUUACGUAUCGUGUGCGGCAACCAGGCAGAAGGAAGGAGGAUCAGCUCUACCACGUCAAUCUUCUGAAGCGCUGGGUCGGUACCGCUCUCGGCCAACACCAGCUCGACUCCCAUGGUUGUUGAUAUGGAUCCCCAACUCUCAGCCGCCCAAAAGUCGGAGCUGCAACAUCUGGUCAGACAGUUUCCAGAUGUGUUCUCCCCCCAGCCUGGGUGGACCCACAUCUUGGAGCAUGACAACCACACACCACCGGGCACCAUCGUCCGGCAGCGACCCUACCAUGUCCCGGAGGCUCGACGACAUACCAUCAAGGAAGAGCCCUACAACUGGCAAGAGUGGAUUCAAAUCUUCAAUACUUUUCUUGUUGGAUCUGCCUACUACUUUUGACAUGGUUAAGCUCCAGAUCCUCCUGUCAACCCUUUUGGCAAAGGACAUGUCAGGAACCACACUCCAGUGGUUUGAGUCUUACCUCUCAGAUAAGUCCUUCGAGGUAACUUUUGAGAGCACCAUGCUCUACCAGUUGGGCUACAGGAACACGACCCUUGUUAUUGCCUACAGCAGCAGCAGCAGCAGCAGCGUUCUCUAA